GGGUGUGGGGGUGGCUGGGGGCAGCUCACCCCAUCGUGAACCAGGAUAGGAGAGGCUGACUGUCACCGGACGCCAUGUCUCACGGGGCCUACAACAACCUGUGGCGGGAGGCCCAAGCCCACAUGAACGGGCUGCUGGCCCUGGAGCUGUCGCCCGAGUCCCUGUCUCCCCCCAAGGACCUUGUGGCCUUCUCCCGGCAGCAGGCCUCGCUGUUUAUCCACUAUGUGCAGAUCCUGCGGAAGCUGGACCAGGUGUAUGACCAGCUGGCGAACCCCCAGAAGCGACGGCUGGUCAGGAGUCUGUUGGACGGGGUGAUGGGCCGGGUCCUGGAGCUCCGCAGGGACAUGAUCCAGCGACAUCUCUCCGAGUUCAUCUACAUGGACGAUGCCAUACAGGACCUCAAGCUCACCCCGGCGGAUUUUGACAUCCCAAUUCCCAAAUAUUUCAGAAACGAGCGAGCGCGGGUGAUGCAGGAAAGAAAAAAACUUUUCUCCCAAAUCAUGGAUGAGACGGCGCCUGAGGACGCUGCAGCGAAGCGUGUGGUGAUUCUGACGAAGGACGAGGCGGUGCGGGUGAUCCAGAUUUCCGAGCGCGCCCGGCAGGGGAGGCUCAGGGCUGCAUUUAUGCGGGAGAUCUGGCGAGAGGAGCAGAGGGAGAAACGAGCUCGUCUGCUCGGUAUCACCACCAUGGACCCCACCCAGGCCGCCACCUACAUCCAGAAGGUUUGGAAAGGUCACAAACAGCGGAAAAUCACACAGCAACUGCGGGCAGAGGAGCUCAUGUUCCUGGGCAUGGUGGGGCUGCAGGGGGUCAGUGACCAGGAGGAGAAUCGUGGCAGCGUCUCCCUGAGCCAGCGCCCGCCGCAGCGCCCCAGCCCCCAGCCCCCAGCCCCCAGCCCCCGCCCACGCUCACCAGAGACUGCGCCAUCCUCAAAUCCACUGUGCGACCGGCAGCGGCCGAGCUCGGGGUUAGAGAGGCUGGGGUCAGUCUGGCCGCUGUGGGUCGUGUCUGGCUGCCCUAACCUCCCGCCCCCACGCCAGCCCGCGGAGUCAUGGCCGGCAGCUCUAUAG